AUGACGACAAGCCUGACCUCUCCCCUCUGUGUGGCCCCAGAACGGAUUGAAUACUCAAAGACAUUCCAGGGGAAAUGCUUCAACUUCCUGGGUUAUUUCUUCUCCAUCUACUGUGCAUGGAAAAUCUUUAUGGCCACCAUUAACAUUGUGUUUGACCGUGUUGGGAAGACUGAUCCAGUGAUUCGAGGGAUUGAGAUCACUGUUAACUACCUAGGCAUUCAGUUUGAUGUAAAGUUCUGGUCUCAGCACAUCUCCUUCAUCCUGGUGGGCAUCAUCAUCGUCACCUCUAUUAGAGGCCUUCUCAUCACACUCACCAAGUUCGUCUAUGCCAUCUCCAGCAGCAAGUCCUCUAAUGUUAUAGUGCUGGUCCUAGCUCAAAUCAUGGGGAUGUACUUUGUCUCGUCCGUUCUCCUCAUGAGGAUGAGCAUGCCUCUAGAGUAUCGCUCUACCGUGACCAAGGUGCUGGGCGAGUUGCAGUUUAACUUCUAUCGCCGAUGGUUCGACGUCAUCUUCCUCGUCAGUGCCCUCUCCAGCAUCCUUUUCCUCUACAUCGCCCACAAACAGGCUCCCGAGAAGCACAUUGACCCCCUGACUCCACUUUGAACUUGACCCUUUACCUGGAAGCUCAGCUGGCAUAACAGAACUGAACAUUGAGUCUGUGGGGAUUUAGAUUCUCUUUUUUAAAUCUCUGGUCCGUCUGUGUGGUGGCGAGAAGAAGACGUUUUGCCUGUGUUUCCUGAAUCAGGAAGGGCCAACGCUUGGCCAUGUGGACCAUUGGUGUCAGGGGGAUUCAAUGGAAGGGGAAUUGGUGCCAUGGAACGCUGGACUAAUGUUGCGGUGAACGUGGGGAGGGGGGAUGACUAAAACAAUGUGGAUGUGUCAUCGUGCUGUUGAGCCGUUGGACACAGGUUCUGUCUAGCCUUAAAUGAAUCUGACCACAGGAGAACUGCAUAGUAUACAGCACAGACCAGCUUCACUGCAAACACUAGCUUUGUUGUAUGAAUGGGUUGUAAAGACCAUCACUACCUGAAGUUUACACUCUAUUUUUGACAAACAGAAUACUCAAAAUUAAAGAGGAAAUGUAUCCCCAAUGUCCAUGAUGCUAUUUGCUAACAUCAUUCAUGGUGUCCAGUAUGUACAUGUACCUAGGGUGGUUUGUUGGUGAAUGUGUGCAAAUAUCUACUGUACUCUACUGUGCUUUCACACAGGUGGGAAAGCUACAGAAUAAACCAAUUUAUGUGGUUAUUAGUUCCUCCGU